GGCCCCACAUUUUAGGAACAUUAUAAGAAAAUGCCGGUGUCUAAGACUGAAGCCAAUAAAAUGUUAAUUGAAUGAGAUUUAUCAUUCGCAGAAAUUAUUCAACAUAAGAGAUGAUUUAUACAUGUUUUCAUAAAUGUGAAUGCAUAGGGUAAUUGUCAUGGAAACUUCCAAAUUCAAUGUUAGUUGUAACUAGACUGGAUUAGACUCUUGCUAAAUCAAGUGUACAAGGGCAUGCUUGUGUGAAUUUUAGUUUUGGGGUGUAUCUAUGGGUAUACAUGAGUGUUUUAGGGAAGGAAGUGUGGAUCGGUAUUUAAUCUACAUGGAGUAUAAAAACUCCUGGAAUUUGUCAAUGUGAUUGCAGCUGUGUUCAUGGCUUAUGGGUAUGGCUUGUGAUGUGUGAGUGAGGUAUGGGGUGCUGGGUGGGAUGGCACUGUGGUGGCAUAGCAUGUUGGUGGAAGGGUGUGUGGUUUGGUAGGGUGAGCUGGUGUGUGGUGUGGUUGGACCUGGCAUGGAACUUAACUGGAGUUUAUGUGGAAUGAACCUUGAGGGGUGAGUUUUCACAUGGGGUGUUGAUUAUGUGGGAGGUGGGAGGCUGGAAUAUGUGAAUGUUGGGGGGCUGUAGAGUGAACGUGGGGUGCGUGUGUAUGUGUGUGUGAGAUAUGGUUAUAGCUUAGCUUAGCUUUUGUUUAGAUUUUCUUUUGCUCUUUGUUUUUGUCUUUGUUUGGCCUUUGUUUUAUCUUUGUUUCACUCUUUGUUUAAACUUUCUUUGGCUUUUGUUUGGUCUUUCUUUAGCCUUUUGUUUAAACUUUGUGUGGCCUUUUUGUAGUCUUUGUGUAGCUUUUGUUUUUAAGUGGAUCUUCGCUGAGGACUCAUCAAAAACACCUUGUGUAAUGAAAAACCCAGAUCUAUAACCUCUCCCUAUAUAUUCUGCAUGCAUUGAAGUAGGCUCAAACCUUCAGGGACCUGGUAUAGACGCGGAAUCUGUUUCACACAACAACUGCUAUUUGAAGGAAAAAAAAAAAGAAGCAAAUGAUACCAAGACAAGCUCAUAACAGAGAUCCAAUCAGCAGAUGUGUACGGAUGAAAAUACAGUGAGAUGAGUCAGAAACCGGCCAAGGAGGGUCCCAGACUCUCCAAAAACCAGAAGUACUCCGAACACUUCAGCAUACACUGCUGCCCGCCGUUCACCUUCCUCAAUUCCAAGAAGGAGAUAGUGGAUCGGAAAUACAGCAUUUGUAAGAGCGGCUGCUUCUACCAGAAGAAAGAGGAGGACUGGAUCUGCUGCGCCUGCCAGAAGACCAGAACCAGCCGCCGUGCCAAGUCCCCUCAGAGGCCCAAGAAACAGCCAGCUGCGCCCCCCGCGGUGGUCAGAGCGCCAGCCAAGCCACGGUCCCCUCCGAGGUCUGAGCGUCAGCCACGGUCCCCUCCGAGGUCUGAGCGUCAGCCACGGUCCCCUCCGAGGUCUGAGCGUCAGCCACGGUCCCCUCCGAGGUCUGAGCGUCAGCCACGUCCCCGCCCAGAGGUCCGACCACCGCCAGCCAAGCAGCGUCCCCCUCAGAAGUCCAAGCAACAGCCGCGCAGCAGCCCCCUCAGAGGGCCAGGCGCCAGCCGUGGGGGGUCCCCCGUCAAAGCUUCUAGGUUCUGGUAACACCAUCUCUUCCCUUUUGUUCCCCAGCCCUAAGAUUGAAAAGGAAGAUCAGGCCAACCCCAAAGAAGAAGUGACCAAGGAGGAGUUUAAACUGAAUGAACAACCUCGGCUCCUGGACUCAUUGCUUCACAACCCAUCUACCCCUGGAUGAAGUUAUCUGGCUUCAAAUAUUAUGCAGGGGCAAACACCUGCUGAUGCGGCAACUGCUGAUGCUCAUGGUCCCCAUGGCAUGGGGGCCUCAGGGCAGCCUGCCUGGAG